CUGACAGCUUCAGCGGUGGAAAUUGAGUUCCUCGGUUACGAGCGCUUCAAACCAGUGCCACACCCAUGCCCGGCCACUCCCCAUGCCGUGCCAGACGAGGAGGCACACUGCAAUAAGAAUAAGGUUAAGAUCUUGAACAGUUGCUUCGGCCGGGCGCAAAAUGAAACCUAUUGCCUGGGUGCAUGGAACAGCUUUCUCAGGACCGGGUGGCCACCUACCGGCGGUGUAUGGGUCCUCUACCUGACUGAGGGCGAAGCUGUGAAAACGAACGCUGGCAUAAUCUUCAAGGCCUAUAGCAUGGAGGAGCGUUGCCAGGUGAUCGAGCAGCUGGGUGGUACCAUUUAUGCCAACCCAGAAGACUGCCUUGAGCUCGAC